CAAAGAUUUUGACGAGUCACCUGAGCUGUCUGGGGACAUGGACAAGUUGAGGGCAGAACUCUAUGCAUUGAAAAUGGAGAUGGACCGCCAGAGGUCAAGGUUCAAGGAUGAGGUGACCCUGAUGGGAGCAGAGAAUGAAGAGCUGCUGUCGAAAAAUGAAGAGCUCAAGAACGACAUUAGACUGAAUGAAGAAGCCCUGGCUCACGCCACGAUGCAGUAUAACAUCCAGGUGGCGUCGCUGCGUACAGAGAUCAGCACAGCGUCGGCCUCUACUGACAGAGAACGUGCCACCCGGGAGAAGCUGGAGGCAGAGAUUGAGUCUCUCAAGACCAGACUCUUUGCAUCCAACCAGGAAAUGGAUAAAAUUAACAGAGUUCGCAAUGAGCUGGAAAGAGACCAUCGUCGUGAGAAGGAAACGUGGGUUCGAGAAAUGGAGAGAAAGGAGGAGGAAGUGAACAUGUUGAAAGACAAUGCUCAGCAUCUUAAUCAAAGACUUCAUGCUACAGAUUCCAAGUUCAAUUCUAUGGAAAAUGAGUUGCAUGUGUCCAACACAUCCCUCAUGGAAAGAACGAGCCAGCUGCAGCAGAUAAGGCAAGACCUGGAGCGACAGAAGACCGCACACGAACAGCUGGACCAGAACAACAAGCUGGAGAAGGAUCACAAUGCCAAGCUCCAGGCAAAAGUUGAAAGUAUUCAAGAAAAACUGAGCCACCAGCAGCACGAGAACCUGUCCUUGAAGCAGCAGAUGGACAGCCUCAAGUUGUCUGGCGGGGGACUGCCUGGCUCUGAGGCCAAUGAGAAACUGAAUGCUAUUCUCACCAACCUGAGGGCCGACAGUGAAAGGGCGCGGGCUAGCCUAGAGGAGAGGAACACCUCUCUGGUGGAGCAGGUGGCGAGGCUGAAGGAGGAGGUGCGGAGCGGGGAGACGCGCAGAGCCACGCUAGAGCAGGAGCUGAGACGUCUCCACGAGGAACACAGCGACAUGGUGAAGAAGUUGUCGCAUGCCGAGGCCUCCUUACAGAUGACCAUGAGGUCCAAAGACCAGCUGGAGCAGGAGCGAGCCCAGCUGCGUGUGGAGAUGGAGAAACUACAGCAGCGUUACCAGUCCACGCACGACAAGUCAGUGGAGGCGCAGGCCCGGGUCUCGGAGCUGGUGGACCGGCUGGAGAAGGCGGAGCACUCGUCUCUGUUCAGCACGCAGCAGCUGGCCAAUACCUCGGCUAACAUGCAGGCUGUCACAAAGUCAAAGUCUGAGUUGGACGAGUCUAUGCAGCAACUUCAGAUAGACAACGCACGGUUGGAGGCAGAGCUGAAGUAUGAGAAGCAAAGAGCGGACAUGUUGUCCCAGGACUUGCAGGACUCACAGAAGGUGCGCAGCAGUCUUGAAGCCCUGUGUGCCAAUCUCAAGUCAAGCUCAGCGCACUUGGAAGAAAAGCUUGGGGAAGAGACGGCAUCUCGAGCCAUUUUUCAAGCUGAGGCGCGAGAACACAAGUCUUUGUGGGACCACGAGAUCAAGUCCCGCUCCAAGAUCGGGCUCAGGAUUGCAGAUUUGGAAAGAAAUAAGCAAUUCUCAGAGUCCAGAUUGGGAGAGGAAAAGAGUCGUGUCAACCUGGUGAAUGAAGAGAAGCGGUCACUGGAGGCGAGGCUAGGGGAGGAGAUGGAAAAAAAUCAGCAAUUACAGAAAGAUGUAAACACCUUGAAGCUUCAUCUCAAGUCAGCAAAGAACAAGAUGAAGGCGCAGAUGGGGGAGGCAGGGGGUGGUGACCUUCGCUCGGAGCUGGAGGCACGCUACCGGUUGGAGCUCAACCGCAAACUGGAUGACGUCAACCGCUUUUUGGACACGCAGUCGCUCCUGCGUGACCGGUUAGACACGUCACGGACGGAGGCGGAGACCAACUUGUUGUUUGACAAGCGGAAGUUGGAGGAAGAGAACAACAACUUGCGAGUGAAGUACGAGCAGGCAGUGGCCCAGAGGGAGACUAAAGAGAUGGAGGCCCGUCGGUUCCGGGAACUGUACGAGUCCGAAAUGAAAUGGCGGAUGAGAAUCAGCGAUCAGCUCACUCUAGCCACAGACAAAGGCUUUAACCUCAAGUCCAAGCUCAACUCUGAAAGGAUGCACAGAAACCGGCUGACUGGCAGCAUAGGGAACCUCAACAGCUCCAUCGUCAGCAACAACAGCUUCGAGGCCGUCCGAGUCAACGGUAUCCAUGACGAUGAGCUAAGCAGCAAGAUCAAAGCAGAGCUAGACCGAAGCAUUGCCAAACACUUAGAAGCAGCCCCUCACAAUCACAACAAGCCCGUUCUGAGGCCAGGCAAAGAAGCCGCCCGGUUCACGUCCUCCUUCACUCAGGCCAGCCAUGACUACAUCGACCUGCUCAAGAGAAAGUACUGUGUAUAGCCUGGCUUCGCCUCUACCAACAAACGCUCUCUUCCCUGACAGCUUUUAGUAUUUGUGAGGUGUUCGACAAAAAGAGUUACUUCCCGCAGUCCGCGAAUGGUGAUACCGGCAGAAAACUGAUACAAGGGUCAAAUUUGUAGAUUUUCAACUCAUGAUAUUUUCUUCAAGUUUAACAGGAUGUCUUUU